GGUGUUUUUUUUUUGUUGUUUUUUUUAAAGUGAUAUUUGCCAAAUUACUUGUCUGGUCCGCAUAAUACAGAAAAAUUAGUUGUGUCCGCGGAUCUAUGCGAACUGGAAUAAUUUUGAUAACAUUUUAUCUAUACAUAGGGAAAGGAAAGGGAAGGAGGCCUUCACAGGGGAUAAUUUAGUUGAAACGUCAUCAUGUAGGCACAGGUCCUUCAUCUCAUCUGGAUACAGCCUGGAUCUGGCAGCCAUGCGGCAAAUCUCGAGAGAGAGACUAAUUAGCCUACAUUUAGCCAAAAUCUUUAUUUGAAUUUGGCAACAUUUUUAUUUUCAUUUUUUUUUUUUUUUUGAAUAUGGCAACAUGAUACCUCGUUCUAUAAUAUUUCUAUGAAUAAAUCAAUGACAGAGACCCCUCCCCUAUCACUGUGUGCAUAGUUAGUAAGCAUGCUGACAUCAUCAAUAGCAACAAGGUUAACCCCGCCCUUUCUCUUAGUUUAAGACUUCUCUCUAUACUCUUAGUAAAAGUUGGUCUCAGCAGCUUUGUGAAUAGGUUUUAAGAGAAAACUCUUAACUAUGAACUUUUACUGCCAUUUAGGAGAACUCUUAGUGGUAAGAUAAAAUGUUUUGUGAAUAACCUGGUUAUUAACCCUGGUUAUUAUUUUGAAAUAAUGUCCAUCUGACUGUGUAUUAUCCCUUACUUAUUGAGAUUUGAGACUUCUAAGAUCUGAUACUUGAUAUUGGAUUACACACAUUUAAGUGAGAAAAUGCAACAGAGAAGAACAAAAUGCACACCAUAUGUAGGCUACUGUGUUGUCCAGUAGGAGGAGGUAAAACAAUAAUUUCUUUCUGUAACUUUCUUCACACAGUUUCUUGACUGUUCACAUUGAUUAGACAAUUAGUUUUCAUCUUAUUUUUGCUAUUUCAAAAAUAACUCAUAAAAAGAAAAUAAUGGGUAUUUAAAGUGGUAAACUGGUAUAAUAAAGUUAUUUGAUAUGGUGUUAUAGUUACUGUAGUUAAAGUUGUCCAUUAUUUUAGGUUAAGUGCAUUAUACAUAAUACAGUUUGUAAUGUUAUAGCUAGCUCAAAAAUCUUGUAAAGCAAUGUUCACUUUUGUGUUGCAGAAAACAGAUACUUGCUUGAUAGUUUCAGUUUCAUUUCUUGUGAAGUGAGAGAUUAUCUGCACAGUAUAUAUUUAGUGGGUCAUUACAAGGUAACAUCAUAACAGUGCUGUAAGGACAAAGACAUGGCAUUAAUGUUGUGGGAAAGUUCUUUACAGGCGAAGGCGAGUGAGCUUCACGGGGACACGUGGCACAUUACCAUCAAUGAGUCUAUUGAGCCACACAAACAAGCUUGUGAUUGGCACCAAUACAUUUCUGGCUCCUUUGCAAGGUUUGAGUGUUCUCUUUGUAGAAGAACCUGGAUGUCUAAAAGAGUGCAGGUGGUGUUCCAUUUCCACUUGGACACAGCAAGGAAACAGGGAAACAUUAAACUGCGACGCUUCAAACAGAUGUGCAGGAGGUGCAAUGAAGCUCAGAUGGAGGAUCCAAAUUUUCCAGUGGAAAACAUUGAUGUGCUGAUUGGGAGACUAGUUGAAAAGAUCCGUGUGAGAUGCUACAAAGAAAACCUGGGUGAAAAGAACAGACCCUCAGUGUUCAAUGGCAGAGUUAAUGGGCCACAUGAAAGUGCUCAUUGUGAAGCCUGUCGGCUUGGUGUCUGUAGUCAGGCCAACUGAGACUGAUUUCAUUUCAAAUUUCAAAUAAUGAUGAUGUAUCCAAUAUUGACUAGGUCUUGCAUAGACUAGUCUGGAAGUAGUAUGAAGCACUUUCGGAAGCCAUUGAGUACUAGUUAGACGCAUUCCUGGGUCUUAUUCUAUUAUAAACUAUUUUGAACCUGUUGAUUGAUGAUCUAAGUGAUGUGAACAGAUCUGUUGUUGUUUAGACUAAUGUUGUAUAAUACCCCUAACUGUUAAAAUACAUUUUAAUAUUUAUAUUAUAAAAUUAAUAUUUAGUAUGUAUGCAGUUAUUGUUACAUACACAUUAAUACAUAUCAGAGGCAUAUACAGUUGAUUAAUAAACAUGAAUGACAUGAACUAUUGUUUUUUUUUAAGUCUUUUUUUUUUUUUUUUUUUUUUUUUUGGUAAUGGACUGGUAAAUGGUAACAUAAACCACGAGUACUCGAGUAUUGUUUUGAAGAAUAACCAAUUAGGAUAAAUCAGUAGUCCUAA